AUGCUUCAGAGUAUGCUUUAUCUUCAUGCCUUUAAUGUACAUGAUCAAGAAAAAGCCAACAAAAUAAUCAUUCCUGGAUUCAAGUUGAGGAGCUACCAGUUUUCUUUGGCCUUCAUAUUUGCCAUUGAGGAGAUCAACAGGAACACUCACAUUUUACCCAACACAUCUCUCGGAUUUGAGCUCUAUAAUGUUGAAAACAAUCUACAGGAUAUUAUGAAGGAAACUUAUUUUUGCCUCACAGGAAUGGGAAUAUACAUUCCCAAUUACACAUGUAAAAGAAAGAACAAGGUUGCUGCUUUACUUACAGGAACAGAAUGGGAAACAUCUGUACAAGUUGGGAGACUGCUGAAUCUUUACAAAUAUCCACAGAUUACUUUUGGGCCAUUUGACGAUACCCUAAGUGACAGAGUCCAGUUUUCUUCUCUCUACCAGACAGCACAAAAGGACAUGUCUCUGUCACAUGGCAUUGUCAUUUUGAUGGUUCAUUUCAACUGGACCUGGGUGGGAUUGGUUCUCACAGAUGACCACAAUGGGGCUGAGAUUCUAUCAGACUUGAGAAGAGAGAUGGACAGGAACAGAGUGUGUGUAGCUUUUGUAGAAAUGAUUCCGGACAGCCAAGUUUACUCGGGCUAUGAAUCCAGAACAAUUCAUCGAAAUAUCUUGAAAUCAUCUACAAAUGUUGUUUUACUUUAUGAUGUCACUCAAUAUUUAUAUGAUCUAAUAAUAUAUAUAGGAAUACAUUCAAUUACUUGGAAAGUCUGGAUCACUAAGUCACAAUGGGAUGUAACUACUGAUGUUCCUUAUUUUGUAUCUGAUCCAUUCCAUGGUAGUCUCAUUUUUGCACAACACCAUGCUGAUAUUUCUGAUUUUAGGAAGUUUAUCCAGACAUACAAGCCUUCCAUAUAUCCAGAAGACUAUAUCCUUGCUCUUUUGUGGAACAGAUAUUUCAAUUGUUCUUUUUCUGGACCCAAUUGUAAAAUAUUAGGUAACUGUCAACCCAAUGCUUCCUUGGAAAUGUUGCCUCGAAAUGCUUUGGAAAUGGAUAUGACUGAAGAGAGUUAUAAUGUAUAUAAUUCUGUAUAUGUUGUGGCUCACAGUCUCCAUGAAAUGACUCUGAAACAAGUCGAAAUUCACCCUCAUGGAAAUGGGGAAGUAAAUACCUAUCCUUGGGAGCUUCACCCUUAUCUCAAGAAUAUCCAUUUCAAAAAUGGUGCAGGAAACCUUAUGGUUUUGGAUUCACAAAGGAAAUUAGAAGCAGAAUAUGAUAUUCUCAACCUCUGGAAUUUUCCAGAUGGUCUCAGACAAAAGAUGAAAGUUGGAACAUUUUCUCCAAAAGCUCCACAGGGCCAAGAACUAUGUUUGUCUGACCAUAUGAUACAGUGGGCUAUAGGAUUUACAGAGCUUCCUCGCUCUGUGUGCAGUGAGAGCUGUGUUCCUGGAUUCAGGAAAUCCCCCCAGGAAGGCAAGGCUGCCUGCUGCUAUGAUUGCACUCGUUGUCCAGACAAUGAGAUUUCCAAUGAGACAGAUAUGGAUCAUUGUGUGAGGUGUCCAGAAAGUCAUUAUGCAAACACAGAGCAGAACCACUGCCUCCAGAAAGUAGUGACAUUUCUGUCCUACGAAGACCCUUUGGGGAUGGCACUCAUCAACUUGGCUUUGGGCUUUUCUUCACUAACAGCUGUUGUUUUGGGGGUCUUUGUGAAGUACCACUACACUCCCAUUGUCAAGGCCAACAAUUGGGCUCUCUCUUAUAUCCUUCUCAUCACUCUGAUCUUCUGUUUUCUCUGUCCAUUGCUAUUUAUUGGUCAUCCCAACACAGUCACCUGCAUCCUGCAACAGAGCACAUUUGCAGUUCUGUUCACAGUGGCUCACUCCACAGUCUUGGCCAAAACUAUUACUGUGGUUCUGGCUUUCAAGAUCACAUUGCCAGGAAGACUGAUAAGGUGGAUAAUGGUAUCAAGGGCUCCUAACCUCAUUAUUCCUGUCUGCACCCUCAUCCAACUUGUGCUCUGUGGCAUUUGGCUGAGCACCUCUCCUCCAUUUAUUGACUCAGAUGCUUACACUGAACAUGGCCACAUAAUUAUUAUAUGCAACAAGGGCUCUACUAUUGCCUUCCAUUCUGUCCUGGCUUACCUCUGCUCCAUGGCACUUGGAAGCUACACUAUGGCUUACCUGUCCAGGAACCUGCCUGACACAUUCAAUGAAGCCAAGUUCAUCAGUUUCAGCAUGUUGGUGUUCUUCAGUGUGUGGGUCACCUUCCUUCCUGUCUACCACAGCACCAAGGGGAAACUCAUGGUGGCCAUGGAAGUCUUCUCCAUUUUGGCUUCCAGUGCAGGUCUCCUAGGAUGCAUCUUUCUUCCCAAGUGCUAUAUUAUUUUGUUCAGACCACAUAGGAAUGUGCUUUCUCAUGUCAGGAACAAAGCACAUUCUAGAGGAAAAGUGGACCUUACAGCUUAGUCCAUGUUUUUCUUAAUUAUGUACAAGUCUUUGAGUCUGUUUAGCAUGAAAUCCAAUUGUCAGAGAUCAUACAGUAAUUUAAAUUUUUAAAUUUAUUGCUUUCAUUUAUCCAACUUUAUUCUCUACUCUUCUAAUAUUUUUUAUGUAUUUCUCUACAUUAGAAAGCCUAUUUCCAUAAAAUUUAUUGUCUCUCUCAAUUAAUAUUAAAGAAAAGAUGAAUGGGACAUGUAUGCAUUUUUCACCUCUUCAACAUUGUAUAACUUUGCCUUUAUAGCACCAAAUGUUUUUAUAUGUAUCCAUGCGUCUUUGAUGCCCUUGGUAUGUUUCCAAGAUUUGUGUUUACAUUUCAUGUAUGUUUUUGCUAUGAAGGAAGGCACGUUUUAAAAAAUGAAUACCAUUUAGACAUGAAGAUAUUACUCUGCCAUAUAAUUGCAUAAUGAGAUGCAUACUAAAAUAGAAUAAAGAUCAGUCUAUUACUUAAUUAUAACUCAAGUCAGAUGACAGUUAAUCAGAUACUUUCCCAGUCAGUUUCAUGAUGGUACUUUUAGAUCUGUGAGGAAUGUGAAAAGCCCUGCUGUAACCACUUCCAUAGAAUGUGUGCUCAUGGAUAUCAUUGAUUGUAGAUGUCCAAAUGUUUUGUGUACUCAGUCAUUUAUAGUUAUUCACUUUUGAUAAAUUGCUCUAUUUUAUUUCAACUGAAACUGUGUACUAUGUAACUCCUACAUAUUUGUGAAUACUUGUUUCCCCAUAUCUUAUCAACAUUUCAUAUAAAUGUAUAAUUCUGACACAUUUUAUUUCUUGUAUAAUAUAUGUUUGCAUAAAUGUUUAAGACCUUAUGUGUUGUUUGCCUUGUAUGUUGUCAUUCAUUGUAAUCAGUCUUUUUAUAAUUCACAGACAAUAAAAUUUCAAGAAUAAAUUAGUGUUAGUUAUCUCUACAAUUUUAAUUAAA